AUGAACGGUUUUUUGGGUUUGGUAAUGCUGCUCAGUGCAGUGGCGGCGUCGGAGAAGCCACCAAUGCCAACAAUGGCCACACUGACCACCACGACAACAGCCAGGACUACAGUCAAGGCAAAGGACGAUGUCAGCAACAUGGACAAACGCGACAAGAGACAACUGCGAAGCAGCAAUGGCUACCCCAUAUUCUUUGAUGGCGUUAAUCCGGGCGUGCAACCAAUUUCGGUCGUAACGCCGGUGGCGUCGAAUGCGAAUGCCCAGGUUGGUGGCCAACAGCCGAGCUUCUUGCCCAACUUUGGAUUUGGCAGCCAGCAGCAACAACAACCAUUGCCCAUCAUUGGAACACUGGUCGGCAACCUGCCGGGUCUGCAGGGUGGUCUGCCCAAUCUCCUGAACGGCCUGGGUCCUCUGGCUGGUUUGGGGGGCUUGGGCUCGCUUGGCGGCCUCAAUUUGGGCAACCUGGGUAUCCUUGGCAACCUGGGAAACUUGGGGGGCAAUGGGGGGCAGCCCAUUCUGCCGCCUGUGCUCGGGAGCAACGGGAACAGCAACCCAGCCGCCUCCUGUCCCAUCACACAGAGGCUGACGUGCCGCUGUGAACCAUUGUUGUCGCUGCAACCACUGCAAGGAUUGUCGCUGCAACAACCACCCAAGGCCCUGGGUUCAACGCGCCAACAACAACAACAACAACUGCACAUCACGAAACAGAAUGUGCGACGAAAUGCCGACGGAUCCCGAGAACUGCGUCUGGUCCUCAGCAAUGGACUGAUUAUCUAUCAGCAUAGCGGCAAGGAGCGUGCAAGCGGCCAACAAGGACAACAGGGACAACAGGAUGUCAAUGUGAACCAGGGCUACUACACACUGCGAUUGGCCGAUGGGCGCUACUUCACCAUUUUCUAUACCAUCAACGAUUUCGACUAUACGGUCAAGGCAGAUGUUAGCAAUGCGCCGCCCAAAUCCGAUUUCGACGAUGAGCUCAAUGGAUUGCUUUAG